AUGCUGAAGUGUGUGCUUGCUGUGCUUCUUGUGGGUUAUGCCUGGGGCUGUGGAGUCCCUGCCUAUCCACCAGCCAUCUCAAAAGUGGUGGGAGGUGUUGAUGUUAGAACUAACAGCUGGCCCUGGCAGGUUUCCCUUCAGUAUUUAAGUGGUGGAUCUUAUUAUCACACCUGCGGAGGUACUCUGAUCGAUCCCAACUGGGUCCUGACUGCUGCCCACUGCUACAGUAGUUCCAGAACAUACAGAGUGGUACUUGGGAAACACAACCUGAAGCUCACCGAAGAUGGUUCUGCAGCCAUUGCAGUAUCAAAAUUCGUUGUUCAUGAGAAAUGGAACUCAUUCCUAAUAGUCAAUGAUAUCGCACUUAUUAGAUUAGCAGAACCAGCAGUCUUGAGUGACAAAAUCCAACCAGCCUGCUUACCUCCCAGUGGAGCUAUUCUUCCCCAUGACUUCCAAAGCUACGUAACUGGAUGGGGACGUCUCUGGAGUAAUGGCCCAAUUGCUGACAUCCUGCAACAAGCUCUGCUACCCGUGGUCGACUAUGCAACAUGCACCAAGAAUGACUGGUGGGGCUCCAAUGUCAGAGACACCAUGAUCUGUGCUGGAGGUGAUGGUGUGGUCUCAGGCUGCAAUGGCGAUUCUGGUGGCCCACUUAAUGCUCAAGGAUCAGGAGAUGCUUGGGAAGUACAUGGGAUUGUAAGCUUUGGAUCAAGCAUGGGCUGCAACUAUAUCAGGAAACCAACUGUAUUCACUCGUGUCUCAGCCUACAUAGACUGGAUCAAUGAGGUAGGUGUUACAACCAUCUAUAGCAUAAUCUGUUGGACACAGUGGAUGUUCAUGGAACUUUGUAUGUUCUAGAAAG